GGGUGCGGGACAGUCGGGAGCCGGCGAAGAACACUGCCAAAGAACUUGGUGUUUGAAGGUCAACCUCUCCUUUCCUUCAGUCAAUAUCCCACUGCUGCAACAUAUUGUGUUCUGGGUUUGCACAACAGGACAGUGGUGCUUGUAUCUGAGAAAUUAUGUUCAACUUCAGAUGCAUCCAGAAGUUACUACAGUACCUGAAAUUAUUUUUUUUUUUACUUACUGAGAACAUCUUCUGUGUAUUUUCUCUACCCAAAAAAUAUUUUGCUGGUGAAAUAGUGCUUAUUACUGGCUCUGCAAAUGGGAUUGGAAGGCAGGUUGCCUUAAAAUUGGCUCCUUUGGGAGUAACCUUGGUUCUUUGGGACAUUGAUGAUGAAGGUAACAAAGAAACAAGCAGAUUAGCCCAACAAAAAGGAGCCAACCGGGUGUUUGUCUACCACUGUGACUGCAGCAAUAGGGAGAAUGUCUAUGAACAGGCAGACAAGGUUAGAAAAGAAGUUGGGGAUGUUACUAUUCUAAUCAAUAAUGCUGGCAAAAUGAUUGGGAAAAAGUUCUGUGAACUUACAGAUGAAGAUUUUGAAAAUACCCUCAAAACCAACUUCUUUUCUCAAGUCUGGACUCUCAAGGCCUUUCUUCCAGCCAUGGUGGCCUGUAACCGUGGGCACCUGGUUAGCACAGCCAGUGCACCUGGAUUAAUAGGACAAUACAGAGGAUCAGAUUAUUGUGCAAGUAAGAGUGCAAUCAUUGGAAUGAUGGAAGCCAUAAAUUCAGAACUGUAUCAUGGAGGAAAACGUGGCAUUAAAACCACAAUCAUUUGCCCUUAUUUUAUUAGUACUAGGUUAAGCAGAGGCUUCAAAAGCAGAAAACCCUGUUUACUUCCUGUUUAUGAUCCAGAGUAUGCAGCCAGCAGGAUCGUGGAUGCAAUUAAAAAGGAAAAAUUUUAUCUGAUCAUGCCUCCAGCUGUACACUUACUUGGACUCAAAAUUUUCCUUCCUAGAAAAGUAGUGCUAUUCCUCGAGUCUUAUAUUAAGUUCCCUGAGAGCAUGGAAGAAGCUUUUGGUCAGAAGAAAAAGGAUUGAAACAUAAAGUAUUCUGAAGACCUCAAGUGCCAUUUAAUUGAACAUUUUCAGUAAAAUAUAUUUUUAAAUCAUAUUUAUUCCUUGACAAAAAAAUUUACUUCUUUUAUGCUAUUUUAUAUUGGUGAGCAUGACAUUCAAUUCCUCACAACUGUCUUUAUACUUGGCAAUUUUCUGAUAAACUUUUGAAAAACCACUACAAUUUAAAAUUAAUUUGGUAUUACAUCGAGUGACCAAGCAACAGCUUUGCAUGGACUGUACUGUUUUCAGACUGAAACUUCGAUGAGGUAUUCUGUUAGUGUGGAACACAAUUCUGUUAUAAAUCAUGGGAUAAUGAAGACAGGAGGAGUACCUCAUAUAUUCUUGGAAAAUUACAGGCAAAAUAUCUCCAUGUAUUUGGAGAGAAGUCACAUCCAUGUUCUUCAACUGUCUUGAAAUGAAAUUACAACCUAAAGGUCCUAAAGAACAAAAAAAAUUCCCCAAUAGCAGAAGUCUGGAGAUUAGUUACACAAAAUAUGUGCUGGUAUUUAAUCGAUAAAAAUCAAUCCUCAUGUAAAUUUUCAGAAAAUGCUAAUAUAAAAUGUUCAUAAUUUAGAAACAAAU